AUGGAGCAAGAUCAGAACAGACUAGCACCGCCGGCAGUGAGCUCGCUACGGGCGCAGGCUGCCGGCAGUGCUAUGGAGAGAACCCUCAGCGACAAUAUAAGGGAAGAGCGAGACGAUCUGCGAGAAGCUGCAGAGCAGACACUGAACGUCAUUGUGGACCUGAAUCUUGACGGCUCAGUACGAUGGGUGAGCCCAUCGUGGGUCGAUGUAAUCGGCACCCAGCCAGGCGAGGUCGAGGCCAAGCCCAUUGCCGACCUGAUCGUUAGCGAAGACAAGGACGUCUUUGCCCAUGCCAUCGAAUCUAUGAAGCAGGACGAUUCACGCAGCCAUCGCAUCCGUUUCACCCUGCACCUCGGCGCGCUAUCUAAACUAUUGCCUGUCGAAGAAAUCAAAGAACCUGAGUCAGGCGAGAAUGAGCCUACCACGCUCGAGCUGGAGGCCCAGGGCAUCAUGGUAUAUCAUCGCACGGAUGGAACCGAAAGUCAUACGAUGUGGAUGAUCCGCCCAUGGAUCCCGCCCCGAGAAGUCAAGAUCGACUUGCCUCCUUUGAUAGUCGAUUCCCUAGGAUCAGGCGCUGAGGUUCUCGCGGGCUAUUUAACAUUAUUGGCCGAGUCCGGCAACGACGACCCGGCUAACCAUCCUCCUCCACUUCCUGUGCUCUGUCGCAUAUGCGAGCGCCAGAUACCGCCUUGGUGGUUCGAAAAGCAUACAGACCUGUGUCUCCAAGAACAUCGCGCAGAGAUGGAUGUGCAAAUGGCCCAAGAAAACCUCACUGAGCAUCGGCACGCCAUCGUCAAGGUUCUUGAUUCUCUAGAGGCUCGGAAAAGUCGACCCAUAGCUGGGGAGCCGACUGCCAUUGCCACGGCUGAGUAUAAAGGCAUGGCGAUAGGGCCUACAUCAAGUUCCUCUUCUCCCGGAACAGCUUCUCCGUCGGCUUCUUCAAGGGACCGAUCUUCUGGCUUUGGCCAUUCACGAUCGCGGUCUUUCGCUGUGCGCCGGCCACAAGGUCGUAUCGUGGAGCUGCUACUAGAUCUAUGCGACACCGCCAUCGAGAUCAGCCAACCCGCAAUCAAAGAAACUUCGUCCCAAGGGCCAGGCGAGUUCCGCACACAGUCACCUCAGUCCGAAUCCAGGAUCUCACAGGUACUUCAAUGGCAUUCCCCUGGCUCCAAUACACUGGAACAGGAGCACGGUUUAGCGCUGCUUUGUACAGAUACAGAGAAGGUUGCCAGGGAGAAGGUCGAGGCUGUGUUCCGAUACCGCAGAAUUUUGGAGUAUUCCGAACGCAUUAGAAUGGAAUUCUCCAUCAUCGUACAAGACUGUAUCGAUGAAGCCUUACGGAAGGCGGCUCGCAUUGCUGCCGGUCGUCUUAGCGAUUCGACCGAAGACGAAGAAGAACAAACAGAGGUGCAAGAAGUCGACGACGAAGAAGAAGAAGAAGACAGGGAUGAGGAGGAAACGACGCCGGCUGCACAAGAAGAAACUAUUUUCCCCGGCUCCUUCGAUGCUCCAUCUUCGUUAGCGAUGGCUCUGAAGAACGUUGAGCUCAGCGAUAUAGAGAAGAGGCGGUCACUGUCUGCUGUCGGGUCUACUCGAUCUAGUAGCCCGAAGGAGUGCCCUACCCCAAGGUCGCACCGCGGAGCCUUGAGCAUCAGCGGGCAAACCCGGGAAUCACGCCGGGAAUCUCUAAUGUUUGAGAGCGAUGCUGGAGAUAGCGAUGGGAGCGUCAGGUCAUCGUCGGUGGCCUCGCGGCCGGCUCCCCGCACCGAUUCCCCCAUAUCAGAAUUCGGUGACUUGCGGCGUGCUACCAGUUCGCGACAGCACCACAGGAAAAGUCUCAUUCUCCCAGGAACAUCUUCACCACACCGACAAGAAUCUCCGAGCCGCGGGAACCAACCUUCGUCACCACUACGAAUACUCAAGCCAAGAAAUCUUCACUACUCUCAGGAUGCCGUUGUGUCUCCGGAGGCUUCGCCCAUGCUGCCCCAUAGUGACUUCAGCUCGCCGGCUGCGGCCUCCCACCAUCGAAGGCAGUCGUCGGCUGCAUUCCCGGAGUUCACUGGACGGCCGCCUCCUUCUCCACGAAUGCACGCGGUCAGUGCUACGCCGCUGGCUCGCGCUGUACCGCCUUCAAUCAAAGACUUUGAAAUCAUCAAACCGAUCAGCAAAGGUGCUUUUGGCAGUGUGUAUCUGUCCAAGAAGAAAUCGACAGGCGAAUACUUCGCCAUCAAGGUUCUGAAGAAAGCGGAUAUGGUUGCCAAGAACCAGGUCACAAAUGUCAAGGCCGAAAGAGCCAUCAUGAUGUGGCAAGGGGAGAGCGAUUUUGUUGCGAAACUCUACUGGACUUUCUCUAGUAAAGACUACCUAUACCUUGUCAUGGAAUACCUCAACGGAGGCGAUUGCGCUGCACUCAUCAAGAUCCUCGGUGGGCUUCCUGAGGACUGGGUCAAGAAGUACCUCGGCGAAGUUAUCCUUGGCGUAGAGCAUCUUCACAGCCGCGGCAUCAUCCACCGAGAUCUAAAACCAGACAACCUUCUCAUUGACCAGAAAGGCCAUCUCAAACUGACGGACUUCGGGCUUUCGAGAAUGGGACUCAUUGGACGUCAGAAGCGAGCUCUAAAUAGCACAAACUCAGAGCAAACGCCUGAUCUGCUGAAGUCUGGCCCGUUCGCUCGUUCCACCUCCGUCGCUUCCUCCAGGUCUACGUCGUUGGAUCUUCAUGGCGGCCAUCACUCCCCAUCCGGAACACCACAAAUGACGCCGUCGGAUGCGGCAGCGAAUCUUGGUCAGCCAUCGUACUUCAACCUGUCAGCCGUACAUCAAGAGCCACGUCGCAUUUCUGGCCAACGAAGUGAUAGCGGCGGCAGCGAGUCGCUUGCACACAUGAUGGGCAACUUUUCUCUGAACGACCCCCAGCUGUCGCAGUCGAGGCAGUCACAAGCGAGCAUCAGGUCUCCCCGAGAUGACAUUAGCGAAGCAGAUAGUGCGGCGUCGCCGGACCUUCCUCAACUGCAACACUCUAGCACCCAUGGUAGUGAAACGCACCGAAGCACUCCCCCACAGGCCAGCAUGAUGCCACCGCCGAUGGCUCUCUUCGACCCCGAAGACACAAAUAGGCGCUUUGUCGGUACGCCAGACUACUUGGCACCAGAGACUAUCAAAGGCGAAAGGCAGGAUGAGACCAGUGAUUGGUGGUCUGUGGGUUGCAUCAUGUUCGAAUUCCUGUACGGCUUCCCCCCAUUCCAUGCCAACGAGGCCGAGCAUGUAUUUGAAAAUAUCCUUGCUCGCAAAAUAAUGUGGCCCGAUGACGCCGAAUACGGUGUUUCGGCUGAGGCUAAGGACCUCAUCAAUAAGCUGCUUUGUAUGGAGCCACAGCAAAGACUCGGGGCCAAUCGUGAGGAGAAGUAUGCCUCUGGAGGGGAGGAAAUUCGAAAUCACCCCUGGUUUGAGGGUAUCGUCUGGGGCUCCUUGCUGCAGGAUGAGGCACAAUUUGUACCCAACCCGGAGAAUCCUGAAGACACCGAGUACUUCGACGCCCGAGGCGCGACUCUUCAAGCUUUCACAGAAGAAAUGGAGGACCAGAUGUCACCUCCAUCGGCGCCAACCCCCGACUAUCCAGAAAGACCACACGAUGCGCUAUCUCGGGUCCGAUCCCAAGUGCAAGUCAACCAAAUCAAGCGUGGCCUGAUGCCUCUACAUAUUCCACCUCACAUUCGGGAUCUCAAAAGUCGCCGGCUUAGUGAGCCUGUUGGUCCAGACGAUUUCGGCUCAUUCGCCUUCAAGAAUCUCACAGUCCUCGAUAAGGCCAACAAGGACGUCAUUCAACAGCUGAAAGCUCAGGCGAUAGCAGCGCAAAGCAGAUCAGGGACGAGCCCCGGUGGGAUGAAUAGUGCCACCUCCCCAGCGCCGAAUGCUGAUGGCAGCAGCCCUGUGCUUUCAAUGCCGGUGCAACGCACCUUGUCCAAUGCCAAGGCAUCCCAGCGUCCACAGUCUCCUUCUGCCGUGAGCCACACAAACUCAUCUCCCAAUCGCGCCUCUCAGCCAUCUUCUCCGUUGCUUGUCUCUUUCGUUGCGGGGCAAGGCGGUGCGGAGGGCCGCCGAAAGCCAUCCAGUACCUCAUCGAGCUUGUCGCAGCAGUCAGUCGCCUCCUUGCAGCCAGGAAGCUUCUUCGAUGUGCCACGCGUAACGCCAACUCUACAAAAAUCAGCUACCUCUGUUGCAGCGUCACCGGUCAAGGGACGGGGCGCUCCUCCGCCGCUGGCGUUGUCUCCGCAGAAGGGACUAGCCACCCCGAGACAAGGCAGCGGCUCAUCGACACGAUCAAGGUCGCUGACGGUAGGAUCUCAAGAUGGGAGCCCGGUCGCUUCUGAUUUAUUGGCACACCGCAACCGUCGCAGUCAGGUUUUUGACAUGUCCCCGUCGUCAUCAGACAAUGAAGGGGACAAGGUCAAUGCGCUUCUCCGAGUCCAACGACGUCGCCAAAGCUCGCGGCGCAUGUCUGCCAUCAACCUCGAAAGCCCAUCUUUCCGUUCACUUGACGUAUUGAUCUGCGAAGACCAUCCCGUGUCGCGCAUGGUCAUGGAGAAACUAUUGGAGAAGCUUCGUUGCCGAACAAUCUCGGCAACAACAGGUGGAGAGGCCGUACGAUACGCAAUGAGCGAGAUCAAGUUCGAUAUCAUCUUCACGGAGUUCAAGUUACCAGAAGUGAGCGGCACCGAUCUUGCUCGAAUGGUUCGUGAGUUGAAGAAUGUCAAUGCUCACACACCUAUCGUCGCAAUCACGGCAUAUCUCAAGGAGCUGCAAGCACCACACUAUUUUGAUUCCCUCGUUGAAAAGCCAAUCAGCUCUUCAAAGCUCAUCGAGGUCCUGUCUAAUCUCUGUCAGUGGAAGCCUCCAUCUCCAACACAGAAUAACUCAACAGCCAUGAGCAACCCUAUGGCGAUACCUCAUUCUAGCCUACGGUACGAAGGCGCCCGUCUGGAGGAUAGUCCAACUUCAGGAUCGUCGGGCUACGCUCCCCAUGCUGGUGGCAGUUUCCGCGGUUCCAGCAGGGAGGACUCCAUCAGCUCGAGUCUCUUUGGAGACUCAGAAUCGGUGACGACUACUGACGAGCUGCCUGUGGUAAUAAGUCGCAAAGCUACGGGCGAGUGGGAUGAACUCGGAAUCAGCCAAGAAGAAGUCCUACUGGGACCUGACGGCUCGCCGAAGGGUCCCGCUCAUCUAGUGACGCAGCAAUCGGCUCCUGCACAGAUGGAGCCACCUAGAAUACCGAUUCCACGGCGCUCAUUGGAAAAGCUCAAGUCACGGCGUGAAAACUUGGAGAAGCGCCGUGGUGAAGGCAGCGAUUCUGCCGAUGACGAAGACGAGGAGUUGGGUGCUUCGCGAGAGCGGACCAUCCGUGCAAAGCGACCGAGUUCCAAGCUUGGUAUCGAAAUGAUGAGGGCAAACAGCCAUGACAGUGUUGCCGUAGCCUCCGACAGCACGCCCGAACCAACGACACAGGUCGUUACCCCUUCAAAAGAUGGCGGUCUGUCCCCCAUCCGAGCAACAUCGCCUUUGAAAUGCGUUCUCCAAACCCCACCCGAGGCUUCUCCUUCUCUACCCAGCCAAGGAUUCGGCCAAGAUCCUGACGAAACACCUCGACCGUCUGCAGAGCCAAAGCCUCUGGCCGCCGACGAACCGACCCCACGGCCUGGCAUCAAGACAUCCGAUACGACGUUUCGGUUGGAGUAG